GCAGCAGGCGCUUCCCCCGCGAAGGCCAGCGGACAGGAGAAUGGCCAUGUGAAAAGCAUGGAGACUUGUCCCCCAGGGUGAAGGGGAGUCGUCCCCUGUGAACGAACAGAGGAGGCAGCCGCGGCCACUGGUGAUGCCAUUGAGCCAGCACCCGCUAGCCAGGGAGCUGAGGCCAAGGGGGAGGUACCCCCCAAGGAGACCCCCAAGAAGAAGAAGAAAUUCUCUUUCAAGAAGCCUUUCAAAUUGAGUGGCCUCUCCUUCAAGAGAAAUCGCAAGGAGGGUGGGGGUGAAUCGUCUGCCUCCUCACCCACAGAGGAAGAGCAGGAGCAGGGGGAGAUCGGUGCCUGCAGCGAGGAAGGCACUGCCCAGGAAGGGAAGGCUGUCGCCACCCCCGAGAGCCAGGAGCCCCAGGCCAAGGGGGCAGAGGCUAGCGCUGCCUCCAAGGGCGGAGACACAGAAGAGGAGGCAGGGCCCCAGGCUGCAGAGCUGUCCACGCCCUCGGGGCCAGAGAGUGGCCCUACACCUGCCCGCGAGCAGAAUGAGUAGCUGGGUUGGGACAGGUGGGUGAUCUCUAAGCUGCAAAAACUGUGCUGUCCUUGUGAGGUCACUGCCUGGACCUGGUGCCCUGGCUGCCUUCCUGUGCCCAGAAAGGAAGGGGCUGCUGCCCCCUCCCAGCCACGUUCCCUUUCCUCCUUUCCCUCCUGUGGAUUCUCCCAUCACCCACCUGGUCUUCCUCUUAAGGCCAGUUGAAGAUGGUUUCCCAAGUUAGGUUAGUGAUGUGAAAUGCUCCUGCCCCUGUCCCUACCUCUUUCCCCGUCCCCACCCCUACAUAAGGCAAUUGCUGUUUUCCUCCCCAAUUCUUUUCCAAGUAGGUUUUGUUUACUCCCCAAAUCCCUGAGCCAGAUGUGGGGUGCCUACACUCCUAACCCCUGAGUGUCCAG